CCCUUUCCUCCCACCUGGUUCCUGGGUGGUGUCCGAGGGCUGUCUGGGGUUCCUGGCCACCAGGCCCCAGCCUGCAAGAAGCUGUGGGGCUCUGUCCCCGUCCCUCUCCUUGCCAAGCCCGGGCUCUCUCUGCUAGUGGUGGUUUCGGUUGCGACACAGUCCAGGUUCCCAGAGCCGCUCGGCCUGGCUGCUGUGCUCUUUUUCAUUGAGGAGGUGGUGGAAGGUGUCGCCUGCUUCAGCUGAGUAAGGGUGGCUGACGGUGCCAGCAGCCCCCGCCCUGGGCCUGGCUCUUCCCGGCCUCUGUACUUUGCCCUCGCUGCCUGACAGGUUCUGCUCUGGGCUCUGCUGAAUGGAAGUCGCUGGUAGUCCUUGUCCCUUUCUCCAGCCGGCCCCCCUUGGGACACCUCGACUCCAAGCCCAGCAGUAAGUCCAACAUGCUGCGGGGCCGCAACUCGGCCACCUCUGCUGACGAGCAGCCCCAUAUCGGCAACUACCGGCUCCUCAAGACCAUCGGCAAGGGUAACUUCGCCAAGGUGAAGCUGGCUCGGCAUAUCCUGACUGGGAAAGAGGUAGCUGUAAAGAUCAUUGACAAGACUCAGCUGAAUUCCUCCAGCCUCCAGAAACUCUUCCGUGAAGUAAGAAUAAUGAAGGUUCUGAACCAUCCCAACAUAGUUAAGUUAUUUGAAGUGAUCGAGACUGAGAAAACGCUCUACCUGGUCAUGGAGUACGCCAGUGGAGGAGAGGUGUUUGAUUACCUAGUGGCUCAUGGCAGGAUGAAAGAAAAAGAGGCUCGAGCCAAAUUCCGCCAGAUAGUGUCUGCUGUGCAGUACUGUCACCAGAAGUUUAUUGUUCAUAGAGACCUGAAGGCAGAAAACCUGCUCUUGGAUGCUGAUAUGAACAUCAAGAUUGCAGACUUUGGCUUCAGCAAUGAAUUCACCUUUGGGAACAAGCUGGAUACCUUCUGUGGCAGUCCUCCUUAUGCUGCCCCGGAGCUCUUCCAGGGCAAAAAGUAUGAUGGACCCGAGGUGGAUGUGUGGAGCCUGGGAGUUAUCCUAUACACACUGGUCAGCGGAUCCCUGCCUUUUGAUGGACAGAACCUCAAGGAGCUGCGGGAGCGGGUACUGAGGGGGAAAUACCGUAUUCCGUUCUACAUGUCCACAGACUGUGAAAACCUGCUCAAGAAAUUUCUCAUUCUCAAUCCCAGCAAGAGAGGCACUUUAGAGCAAAUCAUGAAAGAUCGGUGGAUGAAUGUGGGUCACGAAGAUGAUGAAUUAAAGCCUUAUGUGGAGCCACUCCCUGACUACAAGGACCCCCGGCGGACAGAGUUGAUGGUGUCCAUGGGUUACACGCGGGAAGAGAUCCAGGACUCCCUGGUGGGCCAGAGGUACAACGAGGUGAUGGCCACCUAUCUGCUCCUGGGCUACAAGAGCUCCGAGCUGGAGGGCGACAGCAUCACCUUGAAGCCCCGGCCUUCAGCUGAUCUGACCAAUAGCAGUGCCCCUUCCCCCUCCCACAAGGUACAGCGCAGCGUCUCCGCCAACCCCAAGCAGCGGCGCUUCAGCGACCAGGCUGGCCCUGCCAUCCCCACUUCCAAUUCCUACUCUAAGAAGACUCAGAGCAACAACGCAGAAAACAAGCGGCCUGAGGAGGACCGGGAGUCAGGACGGAAGGCCAGCAGCACAGCCAAAGUGCCUGCCAGCCCCCUGCCUGGCCUGGAGAGGAAGAAGACCACCCCCACGCCCUCCACGAACAGCGUCCUCUCCACCAGCACAAACCGAAGCAGGAAUUCCCCACUCCUGGAGAGGGCCAGCCUCGGCCAGGCCUCCAUCCAGAAUGGCAAAGACAGCCUAACCAUGCCAGGGUCCCGGGCCUCCACGGCUUCUGCUUCUGCCGCGGUCUCUGCGGCCCGGCCCCGCCAGCACCAGAAAUCCAUGUCGGCCUCCGUGCACCCCAACAAAGCCACUGGGCUGCCCCCCACGGACAGUAACUGUGAGGUGCCGCGGCCCAGCACAGCCCCCCAGCGUGUCCCUGUCGCCUCCCCCUCCGCCCACAACAUCAGCAGCAGUGGUGGAGCCCCAGACCGAACUAAUUUCCCCCGGGGUGUGUCCAGUCGAAGCACCUUCCACGCUGGACAGCUCCGGCAGGUGCGGGACCAGCAGAAUUUGCCCUACGGUGUCACCCCAGCCUCUCCCUCCGGCAACAGCCAGGGCCGGCGGGGGGCCUCGGGGAGCAUCUUCAGCAAAUUCACCUCCAAGUUUGUACGCAGAAAUCUGUCUUUCAGGUUUGCCAGAAGGAACCUGAAUGAACCUGAAAGCAAAGACCGAGUGGAGACGCUCAGACCUCACGUGGUGGGCAGCGGCAGCAACGACAAGGAGAAGGACGAGUUCCGGGAGGCCAAGCCCCGCUCGCUGCGCUUCACGUGGAGCAUGAAGACCACGAGCUCCAUGGAGCCCAACGAGAUGAUGCGGGAGAUCCGCAAGGUGCUGGACGCCAACAGCUGCCAGAGCGAGCUGCACGAGAAGUACAUGCUGCUCUGCAUGCAUGGCACGCCCGGCCACGAGAACUUCGUGCAGUGGGAGAUGGAGGUGUGCAAACUGCCGCGGCUGUCUCUCAACGGGGUUCGCUUUAAGCGGAUAUCGGGCACCUCCAUGGCCUUCAAAAACAUUGCCUCCAAAAUAGCCAACGAGCUUAAGCUUUAAUAGGCUGCCAGGAGUGGGGGGCGUGGAGGCGGCCAGCUGGACUUAGCUGCUGGGGCCGGCGCUCCGCCCGCCCGGGCCAGACUGCAGAGAUGGAUCGGUGUGUCUCCCCUGCUGGCACUUCCCUCCCCACCCCUCUCAGUUUUUUCUUCCAUGUUUGUGGGGAUGGGAGAUGGUUCUCUCCGCCUCCCCACGGUUACCCCUGCCCAGAUAGCCCCCCUUCCCCAUCUCUCCCACAGGAGGCAAAGGAAGGGGGGGAGGGGUGGGGGGGCAGGGCUCCCCCUCGGUACUGCGGUUGCACAGAGUAUUUCGCCUAAACCAAGAAAUUUUUUAUUACCAAAAAGAAAAAAGAAAAAAAAAAAUUUCCCAGCGGCCACCUUUCCUCCCUGCCCCAUUGGGACAGUCGAGACUGGAUCUGUGGGGUUUCCCGGGAGGGUGGCUCAGGGCUGGAACACUCUCAGGCAAGAGUGGUGGAGUUCCCUGUCAGGCCCUCCGCCAGGCCCACUUUGGGCUUCUCCCCUCUCCUCUCCUCCUUCCCCUCCAAGCAAACCACCAGAGGUGGCCUUCCCCUGACCUCAGGCCCCUGGGCUGGAGGCCUGGGCGGCUGGGGGCUGGGGCGGGGGUGCUGGCGGCAGCCUGGGGCUGGCAGGCUAGGCGCGGGGCUCGGCCUCCCUCCUCACUGUAUCCUCUGCCCCUCCUUCCCCAGAGGCUGGGCAUUUCCUUCCACAAGCUGCUGUGGGGACGUUCAUUCCCCUCCUCAAAAAGUCUGUGCCAUCUUCUCACCCCCUCCUGGGUAGAAGGCGGGGCUGACCCCAGGGCUGGGAGAGGGGAGGGAACCGCAGGGCAGAUGGGCUCCCUGGCCCCCGGGGGCCGCCCAGGCUGCUAGUCUCUGGAAUAGGGACGAUGGCAUCCUCCUUUCUGGGAGAGCCUUUGUCUGAAAGCACAGCCCCCUCGCGCCAGUCCUCUCCCCGCUGCUCCUCUUCAUUGGCAUUAAUCUGGGCACCAGCUAGUUCCAUAGCAGUGACUUCCCUCACCACUCAUCUCUUGGCCUUGCCUUCUCUUCCUCACACUGUCGCCCCUCCUCUCAGGAGACACUGCCCGGGGCCUCCAGGGCCGCCUGGCCGAGGCUGCGGAGGGCAGCGGGCCCGGGGCCUCUGCCCUCCACGGGGCUGGGGGGCAGAUAGGCCAAGGGCCUCCCAGCUCGCCGACCUCCGCAGCCAGUGUGGGAGUGGCUGGUUAUGGGCGCUUGGCUGGUGGCAGCCGCUGCAUCCCUUAAUUUAUUUCUCUGCUGUUUCUGUUCUUGAGAAAUUGGGGGAGGGGGUCCUAAACAGAGGCUGCCUCUACCCUCACCUGAGUUGUACAUUUUUUUGUGAUGGGUUUUAUUUUUUAUUAUUAUUAUUAUUUUUUUUUUGAUUUAUGAUGACUCCACCCCUACUCAUCACCCCACUCCCAGGCCUGGCUCCAUGGCAAGUCGAGCCCUUGGGUCCCAGGAAGGGGCCUUGCCAACCUCAGCCCUCCCGCCCCAAGCCCUGACUGUGGGCUCCGGCUCCUACCAAGGGCUCCCUCUCCCUCCCCCCUUCCUCUUCCUGCCCUAUGGAACAGCCCGGGUGCUCCCAGGGGCCCGGAGGGCAAGGCUUGGCUCCCAAAGGGGGUGGUGGCCGGGGGGCUCCCAGGCAAGGUGGCCCCUCCCCACCCAGCCCCCCUCCUGCACUUAGUCUCUCCUCUGGAUCAAACACGUAAUAAAGAGAAUGUUUGGAAUCUGA